CACUGUAGCUUCCCUUCACUCAUUCCGGGCAGCGGAAUGGACUGAGAUGCCGCUGUGUGAACCUGAGCAACUCUACAGCCACCCGAAGAAGAAGAAGAAGAAGAAGAAGAAGAAGAAGUCAACGGAAGUACAGAGAUAAGCAGAGAUGGACAACAGUGACGCGUAUUUACAUCUCAACUCACCUGGGGCGCUUAACUCCUCCCUCUCGCAGCCUCCAUCAAUGAGCUCCAUGAUCAAUCAUGCGUCCGUCAUCAGUACCUCAGGUCCGCUCCCUUCGGCUAUGGGCUACUCGGUCAUCACUUCCUCUAUGAGCUCGCCCUCUGUCUCACUACCCUCCACGCCUGCCAUGGGCUUUGGCGCCCUCAAUAGCCCACAGAUGAACUCUCUGAGCAGUGUCAGCAGCUCAGAGGAUGUGAAGCCUCCUCCUGGUCUGCCACCUCUGGCCAACGUCAACAGCUACCAGUGCACCAGUCCUGGCUCCAUGUCCAAACACAUCUGCUCCAUCUGUGGUGAUCGCUCCUCAGGAAAACACUAUGGUGUGUACAGCUGUGAGGGGUGCAAAGGUUUCUUCAAGAGGACCAUCCGGAAAGACCUGACCUACACUUGUCGAGACAACAAGGAGUGUCUGAUUGACAAACGCCAGCGCAAUCGCUGCCAAUACUGCCGCUACCAGAAGUGUCUGGCCAUGGGCAUGAAGAGGGAAGCGGUUCAGGAAGAGAGGCAGCGUGGGAAGGAGAAAAGCGAUAACGAGGUGGAGUCAACCAGCAGUUUUAAUGAGGACAUGCCUGUGGAGAAGAUCCUGGACGCUGAGCUCGCAGUGGAACCCAAGACUGAAACACACACAGAUGACAGUCCAGCAAACUCUACAAAUGACCCAGUCACUAACAUCUGCCAGGCAGCAGACAAGCAGCUCUUCACACUGGUCGAAUGGGCUAAAAGGAUACCUCACUUCUCAGACCUUCCCCUGGAUGAUCAGGUCAUUUUGCUUCGGGCAGGCUGGAAUGAGCUGCUCAUCGCCUCCUUCUCACACCGUUCGGUCACAGUAAAAGAUGGUAUCUUGCUGGCCACAGGUCUCCAUGUGCAUCGGAGCAGUGCACACAGUGCUGGAGUGGGCUCUAUUUUUGACCGAGUGUUGACUGAGCUGGUGUCUAAGAUGAAGGACAUGCAGAUGGAUAAGACAGAGCUAGGAUGCCUCAGAGCCAUCGUUCUUUUUAACCCUGAUGCUAAAGGCCUGUCUAACCCAGCCGAGGUGGAGAUGCUUAGAGAAAAAGUAUAUGCCUCGUUGGAGUCUUACACCAAGCAAAAAUACCCCAACCAGCCCGGCAGGUUUGCCAAGCUUUUACUGCGUCUCCCUGCUCUGCGGUCUAUUGGACUGAAGUGUUUAGAGCAUCUCUUCUUCUUCAAGCUGAUUGGAGACACACCCAUAGACACCUUCCUCAUGGAGAUGCUCGAAGCACCUCAUCAGAUAACAUGACAUAAGCCCUGCCCCCCUUUUCCUUUUCUUUUUGUAAAUGCAUCCAUGUAAUAACUGGUAAUUAAUGAACUCGACUGAGGAUGUAAGCUACAUGUUUUGUACCAAGCACAGACCAUACCUGCUGUGAGAUGUGUAUGGAGGAAACAGAACAGGGUGGGAAGAAGCUCAUGAAAUACACUGUCAAAAUGAAUUUUAAUCGAUGUUUUUUCUGAAAAGAGCUUUGUCUUGUAAAUAGAUCAUUUUCAGGCAUCCAGUCUAACAGCAAAACAAUGGGGGAAAAAAAGAACAUUUAUUUUGUUGAAAAAAGCAAACUUGUAUUCAAAGAAAACUACAGAAUUUCUAAAAACUGCAGUCUUGUCUGAAUAAAAUAUUUAAAUUUA